AUGACCAACCCACCAGAUUUAAAAGAUGUAUCUAUGGUGGAUGUAUCAAAGGCUCCAGAAGUUUCUGGUGAUGUAGAAGGAGCUGGACAUGGCUUACCUACACGUCGGAAAUCAACUAUGAUCCUUACUGAUGAAAUGGACAUAGAUAGAACCACACAUGAUAGAACUCAAGGAGAGGGGGAUAGCAUGGUCGUUGAUCAACAAGAAUCUGAGGAAAAUCAAAAUAAUCUGCGCCAACAGCAGCCACAACAACAGCAAUACUCGCAAGAACAACAACAACCAGAGAAUCAAGCUGAAGUACCUGUAGAACGUGAACUUGAUCCAAAUAUCACAAUUCCAGUGCUUAUUAAGUGGGUUCAAGGAGGGGACAAAGUUUAUGUCACCGGGUCCUUUACAGGAUGGAGAAAAAUGAUUGGAUUGUCUAAACAAGAAGAUGGAAAUUUUACAAUUACGUUAGGUCUUCCUGUUGGUACUCAUCGUUUCCGUUUUGUAAUUGACAAUGAAUUGAGAUUCUCAGACUAUUUACCGACAGCAACUGAUCAAAUGGGUAACUUUGUGAAUUAUGUUGAAGUUACACCUGAAAGUAUUCACAACCAUCUCAAUAGUCAACAACAAGAACUGAUAGGUCUGGAGCAAUUGGGACAACAACAGCUGCAACUGGACCAACAACAGGAGCAACGACAACAACUGGACCAACAGCAACUGGCACAACAACAACAACAACAACAACAACAACAACAACAACAACAACAGCAACAUCCUGACCAGUUUCCAAGUCGUAAAAGCUCUCUUUCCAGAAGCAAUACUAGAAGUAAUUCUAUUUGGGGACUUACUAAUGAUGAUGAUGAUAUGGGUAAUGGAUAUUCUAGAUAUCAUGAGGAAGUCAAUGAUGGAAAUUCAGACUUUCAAUAUAUAACGGACAUCCCUCCGAUUUUCACUGACCCAAAAGUGAUGGAACAAUACUAUAUGGCUAUUGAUAAACAAUCAAAAAAUCAGAAUGGACUGCAACAAGCUUGGUUACACCCGCCACAACUCCCACCACAUUUGGAGAAUGUGAUUUUGAAUAAUUUCAGUGCUACCGAUAACAAUUCAGGGGCAUUGCCAAUUCCUAAUCAUGUGGUCUUAAAUCAUUUAGCAACUACUAGCAUUAAACAUAACACUUUGGCUGUUGCAUCUGUUGUGAGGUACAAAAGAAAAUAUGUGACCCAGGUUCUUUAUGCACCAUUGCAACAGUAA